GCUCCUUUAGGAGGUUAUGCAAUCCAGCGUCCCUAUAAAAACAAGCACACGCAAGCCUCCAGAUGCCUCUGCCGCUGAGCUACCCAGCAUUCUCGCGUCCUCGCCACACUCUGGACUCUGAGUGCAGCCACCAUGAAAACGCAUUACGUUCUGCUGGUGAUGUUAUGUCUCUUCUCCCAGAUGGAGCCAGCUCCUGGUAUUCUCACAAGUCUUGGACGCAGAACAGAACAGUACCAAUGCCUCAGAAAUGGAGGAUUCUGUCUCCAUUCCAGUUGCCCUUCCAAUACCAGACUCCUGGGCACCUGUAAACCAGACAAGCCCCACUGCUGUAUGAGCUGACGGUGGUUGGAAGAAGGAACACGGAAGACCAAGUGAAGGAUGUAAAAUUAGUAUUUUAAUAAAGGAAACAUUUUUUGAAGCCUA